GCUCUGAACGAUUUGCGGAGCUUCUGAAGCUUCGGACGACGGAAAUAGUGCGUCGAAGUCAAGCUGUGCAGGAUAAAUGGUCAUUUAAUCAGAAGGAGCAGUUCGCUUUUGAUAGCGCUACUACGAGCUUCCUUGCAGCAAAACUGGUGAAUGGGUGCCUUGAUGUGAUCGGUAUCCUUGAUUCAACGGAUGUCUUCGAACCAAACAUACUGCCAGCGGUCACAACAAGGAUAUUCAAUUUCCAGUCUGAAAAUUGGGCUGAAGAUGUCCUGAUAAGAAUAAAGCUCAUGCUGCACUGGGCUGUUACGGCCGAACGUGAAGGAAGUCACAGAGCAGUGAUUGUGACUAAGGUCAUCUACAACCAAGUACUCAAUCAGCAGUCCUAUAUGUUCGGUCCAUUCCACACGCAAGACAUUAUCCUUAAUUAUUUCUAUACGGAAGCACCUACAGUUGGAUCAAAAUAUUACCAUCAAGAAUUCGCAUCAUUGGUCACUUUAUUUAUUGAACUUUCCCGCUUCAAGUUGUUUGUGCACGACUGUUUUGUCAAGGAGUUGAUCAAAUCCGGUGAGCUUGACUAUCAGCGACCGGUUAUGGACAAGUAUAAAAAUGAGAACAAGACCACUGACGUUAUUUCUUCAUCACUAAUUUCGGCUCAGUUCGAGGACCUGACACCAGAUGAGCCUCCGAAGCCGACCAGUUUGAUCUCCUUUAGACAAGAAGAAAAAGACGAACAUAUUUAUCUGAAUGAUCCCAUGUCUAUGAACGACAGAAUCCUCAUACAGAUGCCACUUCGUCAAACUGAAGAGCAUCGAAGCGAGGCGAAUCAGAGGGCCCUUGUUCUGUAUGGAAUGGAUGAUGUCAGAGAAAAUCAUAAGGCUGAAAUGAAGAAGAUUCGCCAAAGAAAUAUGCAAAAUUUGGCAGAAGAAGAUCUACGUACAGUUUACCGAGGGU